AUGCUACGCGCAUGGUGGAUCACAGUGACCUGUAAGAAGCGGGUAGUUAACCAACAUGGCUGGAGUUGCGGCGGCCACUGCUGCAGGGGCGGCCCUUUUCCUGUACUACUCUGGCCGCUCCACCAAUCGCCCCCCCUGGCCUCUCAAACUGCUCAGAGGAGCCCCACCGAAUGGUCCCCAAACGGAGGAAGAGGAGUCUGCUCAUGGGCGCUCACCAGAGUGUGCGUUUCGUAUCAGUUUGAGCACUUCGAAUGUGGCAGCUUCCGGGCAAAGCCGUGGCGGCCCCCCUCCGCAUGGGCCGAGGCGGUGGCGACUCUGGGGGAGACGCUCCGGUUCACGUAUAGUGAGACAUUAGGCAAAUGGCCGUUGGUAGACCUGGCGUUUGGGAUCAACUGGCUCACAAGAACUAAGGGCCACACCGACGUAGCAGCGGUCUACGCUGGCCCCGGCAGCGUGCAACUGCGCGGCCCUGACGCCAUCGCCCAUAUUCAGGAGCUCCUGCGCCUGCUGAACAUAUGCAUUCUAUUCAAGCGGCCGUUCCCCAUCUUCCUGGAGAGCACCGGGUUUAAGGCGGACCAGAUCCUUCUGCGCGAAGGAACUGCCGGGCUGCUGAAGCCAGCUUUUGUGGUCAUUCGGGACGACGCGAACAAGACGGUGCUGCUGAUCAUUCGGGGCACAUACUCCAUGAAGGACACUCUGACCGCGGUGACAGGCUCCAGCGUCCCGUACCACCACAUCGUGACACGUGUCCCGCCCUCCGGGAAAGGUGACGUCAUCGUCGACCGCGUGGUCACUGGCCACGCCCACUGCGGCAUGGUGGCGUCUGCCCGGUGGAUCGGGCAACGGGCCGCGGGGGUCAUGGAGGAGGUUUUGAAAGCUAACCCGGGUUACCGGUUGAAAAUCGUGGGGCACAGUUUGGGAGGCGGGACCGCGUCGCUGCUCGCAUACAGUCUGCGGGAGAAGGCGUGCUUCGGAGGAACGGAGGUCGUCGCUUUUGCGCCAGCUGCCUGCAUGACGUGGGACCUGUCCGAGUCGGGCCGCCCCUUCGUCACGUCCGUCAUCAACGGCUUCGACCUGGUGCCCACUUUCUCCUGCGCGUCCGUCGACGACCUCCGGGCUGACGUCACCGCUUCCGCCUGGUGGCCGGAGUUCCGCUCCCAGAUGGACCAGAUCCGCGUGCUCCGCCUGCUUAUGGGUGGCGCGGACCUUAUGGGCCGGGGGCUCAGCCAACUCGGUCACGUGCCGUCGCUUAUCGGUAACAGCGCCGGGGUUGUCUGGCGACCCGUUUCGUCGGGCGCUAGGACUGCGGUCUCGGCGGUUGCGAGCGUGCGGCCGAAGUUGAGCUGGAGCGGGCUCGCGUGCGGGGGGGUACGAAAUAGGGUGAAUACGCCACCCCCGAUCCCGGAGGAGCACCCCCCCGAACCGGGGGAGGGUGGGUUCGUGAUGGAAAUGGAGAGAGAGGGGGGGGCGGAAGUUCGAGAAAACUUGGGGGGAGUGAUCGGUUCGCUUUCAAGGUCACAGUCGGUUGGGAACCUGUCGGAGGGAGGAACCAGCUCGGGCGAAGGGACGCCGCGGCACAGCCGGUCGCGGUCGGUGUCGCGAAUAGACCUGACGCGGCAAGAGGAAGUCACAGGCCUUGCCGCGAUUUUGAACGACGUGGGCAGGCAAACCGCUCGCGACGAAGGGAUCAACGACUCGGACGAUGAGGAAGAGGAGGCGGCCUCGAUCCGUUCCGACGCCAGCGGACUCGACCGGAUGCAGGCGGAACUCGAGGCCUUGCAAGCGGAGCUCGACGCCAAAGACGAGGGGGAAAGAUUGUCGUUAGGGAUAGAAACAGGGCCUCUUGAAACGGUAGACGGUUUGGAGAACGAGAGCGAAGAGGAACCGGUGAAAAGAGCAGUGGGUUCGGAGGAGUGGCUCCAGGAGAAGACCCGCUUUUUUCCCCCGGGGAAGAUUAUGCACAUUGUGCGGGGCCCGAGGGGUGCUCGGGACGAGCCGUCCAAGCAGGGGUUUCAGGCGGAGGGCUCAGGAGACGGAAACGGAACCGGAACCGGAACCGGAAACGGAACCAGUCUUCCGGAAGGAAAGGGAGCGGUGCCGCCCAAGUUCUCCUUUGCCGCGGAGCUGAUGCGGGCGUGGAGGCCGCAAGCCGUUCCCGACGCUAAGCCCCGUGAGGGCGAGCCGGAAAACUCGGAAGAGGUUCCGUUCUUCUGCCGGGACGUGAAGCUAGAUGUCGGGGACGAAAUUGAGGUGGAUGCGGCCGUGAUUGAGGAAGGGCUGCCGUUGAGCUCGGGCUUUGGGAGCCCCAUUGAAAUCGAGGAUCGUUCCAGGGGCGAAAGCGGGAUCGAAGGUGGAAACGAGGGAACGACUUCAAGUAGAAAUCCGCUGGAAGGCGCUUCCGCGAAACACGAACCGUUCGUUUUGCGGAAGCGGAAGGAAAGUGAGCAGGAAGCGGAACAGCUAGGAAAUGGUACUUCGACUUCUUCGACGGGAGAGAAAGGUGGAACAACGGCGGAGUCGUCAAGUGCGAGUCACAACGAACGGGAGGAAAGUUUUGUGUACCGCCUCUUUUCGACGGAUAAGAAGCUGUACGGAAAGAUCUGGCUGUCUCGGAGCAUGGUGAUGGACCAUUAUAUGCCCCAUUAUAGGCGGUGCUUGCAAGAAGCACUUGUAGCAUUGGAGCAAGACCAUUGAUUCUUUAGUACCCUAGGUUUUGAAGCUUGUCGAGGAGCAGUGCAAAUUUCUAGAGAGCUUAAGUUAGGACGUUGUAUAAACCAUAGCGGAUUUUAUUUACAUUCCAUAUUCUGGAAUGAGAAGCGGCGCAAGUCAAGGAGGCAGCUUGACUGUACAGUCCCUAAAUCAGUUGCGGACCACACCAACCGUUAUUCUUCUUAUCGGAUCGACUUGAGCAAACGAUCACGCUAAGAGAAGAACAUGC